GGUUUAGGAGCCGUUGCUGUGGACGGAGAGGGGAACGUGAGCGGCUAUUAAGAGCGGCCGGUGAGCCCCCCAUCUGCUUGGUGUGCGGGCCGGGCUUCAAGGGCUGUUCUUCCAUGGAGGACCAAAUGACGGGGCACAACAAGGAGAAGCGUUAUGAGUGCGACGUAUGUGGCAAGGCCUGGCAGAGCUCGAGCAAGCUGGACGCCCACCGGCGGGAGCACACGAUAGAACGCCCCUUCAACUGCAUAGAGUGCGGCAAGAGCUUCAAGAGGGCGGAUGUGCUGAAGGCCCACCGGCGGGUGCACACGGGCGAGAAGCCCUAUGGCUGCUCCACAUGUGGCGAGAGCUUUACCCAGUUGUCGGGGCUGCGGGAGCACCAGCGGGUGCACAGCAGUGAGCGGCCCUUCACCUGCCCCGACUGCGGCAAAGGCUUCAAGUCGUCCAAGGAACUGAAGGUGCACAGGCGCGUGCACACCGGGGAACGUCCCUACACAUGCAGCGACUGCGGCAAGGGCUUCACCCAGUCCAGCGGCCUGCUGGUGCACCAGCGCACCCACACUGGCGAGCGCCCCAACACCUGCGCCCAGUGCGGCAAGGGCUUCACCCACUCCAGCAACCUGCUGAGGCACCAGCGCACCCACACCGGCGAGCGUCCCUACACCUGCGCCCAGUGCGGCAAGGGCUUCACCCAGUCUAGUCACCUGCUGGUGCACCAGCGCACCCACACCGGUGAGCGCCCCUUCACCUGCGCCCAGUGCGGCAAGGGCUUCACCCGCUCUAGCCGCCUGCUGGAGCACCAGCGCACCCACACCGGCGAGCGUCCUUACACCUGCGCCCAGUGCGGCAAGAGCUUCACCCAGCUCCAGCAGCCUGCAGCAGCACCAGCGCACCCACACCGGCGAGCGCCCCUACACCUGCGCCCAGUGCGGCAAGGGCUUCACCCACUCCAGCAGCCUGCAGCAGCACCAGCGCACCCACACCGGCGAGCGCCCCUACACCUGCACCCAGUGCGGCAAGGGCUUCACCAACUCCACCCUGCUAUCCCACCAGCGGGUGCACGCCGGCGACCGUCCCGUCCACAGCCCGGUGUGUGGAGAACACUUUGGCAUGGCUUCGCCAGACCUGUCUCACCAGAACGUGCACACCGGUGGCCCGCCCUACGACUGCCCGUACUGUGGUGAGUCGUUUGACAGCUCGCGGGGGUUGCGGCAGCACCGACGGACCCACGUCGGCGAGCAGCUGCUCCCACUGUGACAAGAGAGGAUGGGGACUGCGGGAGCAGCAGCGGAUACACAUCGGGGAGAGAGCCUUUGUGUGCGCUGAUUGUGGCUGUGCCUAUCCGCCUGUGCAGCACCGGCGUACCCACAGCGGUGAGCGUCCCCUUCCCCUGCCCGUCCUGUGGUAAGGGCUUCACCCGCCUUGACCACCUGCUGGAGCACCGGCGAGUCCACACCGGCCAGGGCACCUUCACCUGUCCGCUGUGUGGCAAGACCUUUGCCCGCUCCUCCAGUCUGCUGGCACACCGCCACGUGGAUAGAUAGGCGCUGUUUAUGUAGACACAAAAUGCUGUAAGGAAUGGGUAACAUUUUGGGUCGUUUCAGCAGUCACACAUACCUUAUAUAACCAUAUAACCAUAUAACAAUUACAGCACGGAAACAGGCCAUCUCGACCCUUCUAGUCCGUGCCAAACACGUAUUCUCCCCUAGUCCCAUAUACCUGCGCUCAGACCAUAACCCUCCAUUCCUUUCUCGUCCAUAUAACUAUCCAAUUUAUUUUUAAAUGAUAAAAACGAACCUGCCUCCACCACCUUCACUGGAAGCUCAUUCCACACAGCCACCACUCUCUGAGUAAAGCAGUUCCCCCUCAUGUUACCCCUAAACUUCUGUCCCUUAAUUCUCAAGUCAUGUCCCCUUGUUUGCAUCUUCCCUCCUCUCAGUGGGAAAAGCUUAUCCACGUCAACUCUGUCUAUCCCUCUCAUCAUUUUCAAAAAACCUCUAUCAAAUCCCCCCCUUAACCUUCUGCGCUCCAAAGAAUAAAGCCCUAACUUGUUCAACCUUUCUCUGUAACUUAGUUGCUGAAACCCAGGCAACAUUCUAGUAAAUCUCCUCUGUACUCUCUCUAUUUUGUUGACAUCCUUCCUAUAAUUAGGCGACCAAAAUUGUACCCCAUACUCCAGAAUUGACCUCACCAUUGCCUUGUACAAUUUUAACAUUACAUCCCAACUUCUAUACUCAAUGCUCUGAUUUAUAAAGGCCAGCACACCAAAAGCUUUCUUUACCACCCUAUCUACAUGAGAUUCCACUUUCAGGGAACUGUGCACAGUUAUUCCCAGAUCCCUCUGUUCACCUGCAUUCUUCAAUUUCCUACCAUUUACCAUGUACGCCCUAUUAUGAUUUUUCCUGCCAAGAUGUAGCACCUCACACUUAUCAGCAUUAAACUCCAUCUGCCAUUUUUCAGUCCACUCUUCCAACUGGCAUAAAUCUCUCUGUAGACUUUGAAAAUCUACUUCAUUAUCCACAACCCCUCCUAUCUUAGUUUCAUCUGCAUACUUACUAAUCCAAUUUACCACACCAUCAUCCAGAUCAUUGAUGUACAUGCCAAACAACGUGGACCCAACACAGAUCCCUGUGGCACCCCACUAGUCACUGGCCUCCAACCUGACAAACAACCAUCCACCAUUACUCUCUGGCAUCUCCCAUUCAGCCACUUUUGAAUCCAUCUUGGUACUCCACCAUUAAUACCCGACCAUUGAACCUUCAUAACCAACCUUCCAUGAGGAACCUUGUCAAAGGCCUUACUGAAGUCCAUAUAUACAACAUCCACUGCUUCACCCUCAUCAAUUUCCCGAGUAACCUCUUCAUAAAAUUCGAGAAGAUUAGUCAAACAUGACCUUCCAGGCACAAAUCCAUGUUGACUGUUCCUAAUCAGACCCUGUUUAUCCAGAUGCUUAUAUAUAUUACCUCUAAGUAUCCUUUCCAUUAAUUUUCCCACCACUGACUUCUAACUAACAGGCCUAUAAUUGCUAGGUUUACUCUUGGACCCCUUUUUAAACAAUGGAACAACAUGCGCAGUACGCCAAACCUCGGGGACUAUUCCCGUUUCUAAUGACAUUUGAAAUAUUUCUGUCAUAGCCCCUGCUAUUUCUAUACUAACUUCCCUCAAUGUCAUAGGGAAUAUCCUGUCCGGACCUGGAGACUUAUCCACUUUUAUAUUUCUCAAAAGUGUCAGUACUUCCUCUUCUUUGAAUCUCAUAAUUGCCAUAUUGUGUUUGAAAUGUGUAUUGAACACGAAAUGCAUUUGUAUAUUGGUCUAUCUAUAAUGUCUUUGAAAUGUGUAUUGAACAUGAAAAUCAUUUGUAUAUUUGUCUAUCUAUAUAAUGUUUGAAAUGUAUAUUGGACAUGAAAUGCAUUUGUAUAUUUGUCUAUCUAUAAUGUCUUUGAAAUGUGUAUUGAACAUGAAAAGCAUUUGUAUAUUUGUAUAUCUAUAUUGUGUUGGAAAUGUGUAUGGAACAUGAAAAGCAUUUGUAUAUUUGUUUAUCUAUAUUGUGUUUGACAAAUGUGUAUUGAAAAUAAAAAGCAUUUGUUAUUGUUA